CAAAAUAAUGGAAAGGCCACCUUCAUAUUUUAAACAGAAAUUCAUUAAAAAAAAUUUGUGUGGAUGAACAGUUAACGUGAAUUUGAUGACGAUCCAGUUUGAUCUUGUGCUUGCUUAGUACAGUGCAGACCUUGACACUGGGGCUGCUGCUUCUCGUGGCUUUGGGAGUUACAGGAAAUAAAGAACAAACACGUCCGUAUGAGAGUUUUCAUUCUGAGUGUUCCUCCAAUGAGUCAGUCAGUGGAAUCAUGGGCUUCUCCAGUGACAAGCGGGACCACAUCUGGAGGUUCAUUUGUUCUCCGCUACCUGGGAAGGCAAAAACUACUUACUGCAAUUUGUCAGAUGAAGUCAAACAUAAACUUGACGAGCCAUACAUGCUCCAGUGCCCAGGAAACGGCUAUUUCUUUGGUGUAACAAGCCACUAUGACAAGGACAAGAGGGAGCGAUGUUUCCGUUUUACAUGUUGUGAAAUUCAGAAUAGCUAUAUCCAUGGAUGCAGCCUCACUCGGUGGAGCAAAGCAUCGCCCAGUGUCCCGAAAUAUUUUAAAGUGCCCAGAGAUAUGAUACUCAGAGCGAUCAACAGUUCCUUUGACUUGAAAACCAGUUAUCGACGCUUCCGAAUUCAGGUCUGUCACCUUGGAUACAAGUGACUCACGUCCGCCAUGUUUCUUUGACUCGCAAUGUGAGAGCAGCACGUGCAGCUGGUCUGUCACGUGGCCAAGGCACGUCUAUCGCCUUACACUUCCCUUUGCAGGAAAGAAAUAUUUCCAAGAAGCAAAGGAAACGGGUCUACCUUUAUUUAAAAGGAUGCACUUCAGAUGUGUUGAUUAAAAGACACAUUCUUCGGAAAUGGAAACGUAAUGAGAAGAGAGAAAUUAUAAUGUUAAAAUAUAAAUUAUUCAGAAACAAAAAUAUAAUUAUUUUGUCAAAAAAUAACAAUAAAAAUAACAUAAUGUGACGAUAGAAUCAUACAGCAAAGGCAGUUAAUGGAGACAGAAGAAGAAUAUGGUGAAAACAAAAACCAUUAAGGAAGAAUGUUUAACUGAUGUGAUCUUGGGUGUCUUAAUAUGCACACAAGUUUAUUUUGAAAUGUAUAUAAAAAAAACUAUACUUAAGCCUAAUUGUUUACCCGCUGGUCACUAAGCGCUUUGCUUACUGCAGUCGUCACGUCCACCCAGCGACAGAUGAUCACGUGACAGAACUGAAGUAGUAACGACAUCUUGGGGCCAUCCAAAGCCUGGCUGCAAUCAGUAUCAGAUGUCAGAAGAUGAUCAGAAGACAUCAGUAUCAGAUGUCUUCUCUCUGCCUACGUGACACAACACUGUGAUGUAAACCUGUUCUCAACUAGGGUUGUGUCGAACAACACAUCGCUGUGCUAACGAAUGAAUACUAAAGGGAGAAAACCCCUACUACACUCAGGAUUAAUUCUAUUAUGGAUUUUUCCCCUUUAACAGCUUUUAAAAAAAAUCUAAUUUCUAUUUUAAUAAAGUAUGUUUUGGCACUAUAUGUUUUGUGUAUAAUGUAUAAAUAUUUUUAGAGAAAUUUUGUACUUUUGACUUAAUUUCACGAUUUUUUCUCUGUCCCGU